AUGGUGCUGUACAGGGUCGUAUCUCGAUGCCUGCCUCCAGAGCUCUUCGUGCAGUUUCGGCAAAGGAGGAAGCAACUGGCCGCAUCUUCCGACGUGAGCGCUACGGCGCCGCCCACGGAUGCGAUGUCAGCCUCACCAUCAGCAGCAACAGAGGUUAAGGCGCUGAUGGACUUCUUGCGCGUUCACGUCGAAGCGAGAGAGGAAGCUGCGCUUCACCGACCUCGGCCUUCCCAUCAAGACCACGCCGAUGAUGAGGUGCCAACCCCCUUGCCGUCGGCCGCUGCACUCCCAACUGCAGUGAGCUCUGCCCCCGCCACCGUCUUCGCCGGAGCGCCAUCGUCGCAAGCUCCUGAACAGCCAACGUGCGCCCUUUGUCGGGCCGCGGAUCACCGCAUUGCAGCAUGCUCAGCAUCUCUCACACCGGAGGAGAAGCGCCGGCGCCUCGCUUCAGAGCAUCGCCGUUUCCGGUGCGCGAGGCGCAAUCACUUCGCCCGCCGUUGUCGUUCGGCUGGGAGCCUGAAGUGCGGUAAAUGUCAGGGGAAACACCUGACGGUGCUCUGUGAUAUACAGCCUCAGGCGAGCGGUCGGAGCGCAGCAUCCGCGCCCGUGUCGGUGCCAGCAGUCCAGGCCACAGCAGCCUCAACAUCCUCAACCAUUACAUUCUUGCAAACAGCCACAGCGACGAUAUCCGGUCCCGGUGGGUCUGCAGAGGUGCGAAUCUUGCUCGACACAGGGAGCCAAAGGACAUUCAUCACCGAAGACCUUGCCCGACAGCUUCGCUGCCCCAUUCAGUCUUCGGAAGGCCUGUCCAUCUUUGCGUUUGGCUCAACGCAGGCCUCCACAUUCCGAACGUACGACAGGGUCUCGUUGUGCGUUGCUGGUUUAUGCCAGUCAUUGGAGGUGGAUGCCCUCGCCAUCCCGCACAUCUGUAGAUCGCUCAGCCCUCCAGUAGAUGCCCGAAUCACAGAAGUACUCAAGCACCGCGGUCUCCGUCCAGCGACGACUGCAUGCGCAUCACAGAACGUUGAUCUCCUCGUCGGUGCGGACCACUAUUGGCGUCUCGUGUCAGGGAAGAUAGAGCGCCUCCCCAAUGACAUGACGGCCAUCGAGACAAUAUUUGGAUGGGUCGUCCAAGGCGUAGCUCCACCCGGCUCGGCGCAGGACCACCAUGCCGUAACGUCGCUCUUAUGCUCCACGCUCGACGGGGGACUACCAGAGCCAGCUGACCUCUGGCGACUAGAGGCUUUGGGCAUCAAGGAGUCCGAGCUGUCUACUCCCGAUGGAGCCGCAGAUCUCUAA